AUGAGCUGGGACACAGGUGCCCUCCUGGCACAAACCGCCGCACGCAACUUGGUCAGAGCCGACCCCGACUGCGUUGUUGAAGGUCUGACAGGUCUCCUACCUCAUGAAGUCAGGAGGCUUAAGGACUUGGCAGUUUUGGCCCUGGCCUUUCAGGAAAGGCCCUCUGCCUCUGGUUUGGUGGACACAGGCCUUCAACCACUGGCCGAGACAGGGCAGGAAGCGGUUGGCUCUGCAGGUUCUCCAGGACAGGUCAGUGCAUGUGCUGGCGUGGCAGGACCCGCAAUGAGUGCUUGUGAACCGGCUUCAGCAAUCAGUGCAGGUGUUGCAGGACAGCAGGCGGCUACAGCAACACCUCCACCUCCGGUGAAGGCGUGCCCAGUCACCGGCGCACCACCGGCCAAACAGCCGACAGUGGCGCCUCCUCCUGCUGCUAAGGGGACGCCGGCAGUUGCUCCCUCCUCCAAGUUGGGAGACAGGCCGCCAGCAGUUAAGGCCCCCGGUGCUCCAGCCCCGGGCAAGCCAGAGGAAGUGCAGCAGUUGGACCAGCAGUGCCACAAGCCUCUUCUGCAGGCAACACUGGCAGUCGUUCAGGACAGCAGGGACCAAGCUGUAGACAAAGGUCAGCGCUCUUCCUGGGUGGACCUGGCCGACAGUGUUGAAACAGGCCAGCAUGUUGACCCGCCAGCGGAACGGGGCCAGGAGACAGAGGACGGCAACCCUUGGUCAAACUGGCGCCCAGGACAGCUCGCAGAUUCGCAGUCCGCGACAGGCCUCUCCGCAGAAGCACGUCGACGCGCUCGUCUGAUCGCAGCAGGACAGCAACCAGGCACUCCGGGCUACGACCCGAUCUCAGGACCUCCAGGUAGUCUCAGCCGCCGCCCGGACAGGCCGGCGGAUGUGAACACGCUGAUGCCUGACCUUAGUCAGCUUCCGCCCCCUGCUAUGGAACAUGACACAGCUCAGUCGCAGCUCACCGCAACUCAGGAGACCCAGUUUCCCCCGCCUGUCUCAGGGCGUCACAGGAUUCUCAGCUUCUGGCUCCAGUUAGAGUGGGCAUUUCAGGACUCGUCCUGUACGUCGGGAGCUCAGCACAGCAGUCUUCAGUUGGACUUGGCCUCUGCGCUUGUGCGCGAGGUCCCUCCAGACCGGCUGCGCCCUCUUCGUGUCCGUCUAGGCUUUUGCUGGCCGCUGCAGGCAGCUCAGCUGUGGCACUUGCACCAAGAGCCGCUCUCUGACUCCGACCAGGCCACUUUUGAGGCCAAGUGCAAGGCCUAUGGCCUCGCUCCUGAGGUGGUCUCAGCCUUGCAGCCGAGGGUGGAUAAGGACAAGUUGCAGGGGCUGAUUGGCAAGCUGCCUCAGGAUCGAUCACCAGGUACAUACGUGAUUGCAGGAUUGAAGUCCAGUGUGGACAACACAGAGGAUCAGCCCCAGAAGCUGUCACCAGAAGAGAGAACCUCUCGUGUUCAGGCUGUCAAGGACAAACUAGGCUCUUGGCCAGUGGGCGGACAACUCGAACCAAGUUAUCAUCUGAUUGACCUGGCCAGCAGCAUGAUUCGUGACCAGGUGAUCCGCUAUUUGCCGCCGAGCAAAUGUUGUUCGCGGGACAGUGAAGUCGCCAGCCAGAAGCAUGACGACCAGCUUCUCAGGAUCGAGAACAGCACGUUGAAGGUCUCAGCCAAGUCUCAGGGCACCCGUGUUGAUCUUAGCACGGAUCUCAGGUUGUAUCAGGCAAUUGGUAGGCGCCUCCAGGUUUUCAGGCCCCAGGGAUCGAUCAGUUUCUGCGGGCAGAUCGUGAGCUCUGGCGGCAUGUCUCCACUUCGGUCGGUCACCUUUUUGCAGCUCCUGGUGGCCCCGCCUCAGCCCACCAAGCGCCCUUGGGAGGAAGCCUUCAGCAGCCCAGGCGGCAAGACUGGCAAAGCACAGGGCAAGGGUGACAGGAACGUCCCAGCUGAGCUGAAGGGCCUCAGCGGCUACAAGGGCAAGCUCAGGCUUUGCUUCAGCUACAAUUUGGCGCAUGGGUGCAGUGAGGCCAACAGGCUAUAUCAGCUCACAGCUGAGCUGAUUAUGCUCUGCCAGGACGCAGGUUCUUUUGCCACAUCUGAGGAGACAGCGUAUCCCAGAGCCUUGUGCGUUCAGUGGGCUCACGCAUGCUACUUGCAGGCCCUUGACCAAGGAAAAUCAGCAGAGGCACUCACAGGUGACAAGCGGGACCACUGCCUGCAGGUGGUCUACGAGGACGACAGUUGGCAUGCCCUCGUUGCCACUCAGUCCAAGCCACCCCCCCUGAACUCUCAGCUGCAAGAUGUUGUGCGUGACAUUUGUCACAAGCUCCCGCAGGACGAAGCAGCCGACCACGCUGCCAUGCCUGCUCAUGUCAGGUCAAUCCUGGCGGGCAAGCGCCUGCCGUUGUUAGAGGAUCUUCUUUCUCAGGCGCGCCAGCGCAACCAGGAGAUUUGGGCGUCGGUUGGUCCCUCCGGCAAUCCAGAGAUGGAUGCCGCCCUCUGGGACCAGACUCAGAAGGACGUUGCGUCAGGCUGGGCGGUCAUCAGUGACCUGGCAGCUGCCCCAGCCACAGGAGCCCUCAGUAGGAGAUUUGGCAUUCAGCUGGGUGCCAAGGUGCGCGCAAUAGACGACUUUAGCAUCAGUCUGGUGAAUUCCACCGUAGGGGUUCAGGAACGUAUCAGGGUAAUGACUGUUGAUGACAGCAUCAGCCUUGCGCUUGCUUUUUGUGCGCAGACCGACCGUCCCAUCCUUCAGGGCCGCAGUUUUGAUCUUAAGUCGGCAUACAGGCAGCUGCCCGUGCAUCAGGACGACCUGGAUGUUUCCCAGGUCGCAGUUUACAAUCCAGAGCUUCAAAGGGCAUGCGUACUGCUAAUGACAGCUCUUCCUUUUGGUGCCUCAGCUUCAGUAUGGUCCUUCAUCAGGCUUGCCUUGGCGCUGUGGCAGAUAGGUGUUCAGUGGCUACGCGCCCCCUGGACGUCGUAUUACGACGACUUUAACGCAGUCACCCUGGAACAGGUCUUGCAGGCCCUGGGGGUGUGCAUCGACUUCACGAGGUCCCCCCAGGGCAUGGUGAUAGUUGACGUGGAUCCUCAACCACGAGUUGCAUCCAUUGGGGGCGUUCUUUGCUCGCAUGAAGGUUACCCCAUAGCACACUUUGGUCGACAGGCUGAGCUGCUGGCAGCCUUGGCGGCCUUGCACCUGUGGCCUCAGACUUUGCACAGAAGUCUGUGCACUCUUUUCAUUGAUAAUGAAGGCGUUAAAAACUGCAUCAUCAAAGGUUCGGCCUACCCCGCUAGCAACGCCUUGCUUAUGGCGAACUUCCUGCAGCAGGAAUCUGUGCUUGAGCUAGGUCUUCUAGGUGUGACCAGGUCUCUGACGACCUGCUUCUGCAACUGUUGCCUGGAGCUUUGUGCAGUUUCCAGGUUACAGUUGCUGCAGGGACCAAGGGAGCUCAGGCUUCCCUGGGAGACAGGACCUUUCUCGGAAAUCUUCAGUUCCAAACAGGACAGCUUGCAGGAUGCCUGGGACGAGCUCACGGCUCUUCCAGCAGCGGUUGACUUGCCACCUAGACCAGCUGUGGCGUCUAGUGCUGGCACUACGGCAGCCCGCCUCAAUCCUCCCGCAGCGAGGCCCGCGCACACAGCCUGGCAGGUAGAUCAGGCUCAGCGCAGCAGGACAGCAGCCCUGAGCAAGUGGAGCGCGCUACUCAGUCUGGCACCAGCUUUCUUUGGCCAGUCAGCAGCUCCGCUCCAGUCUCCGAACGUCAAGACUGAGCUGUCCAACUUGGACAUAGUUUUCAGCAAGAAGAGCACGAACACUUUGCUGACAAGGGCAUCAGGCCUCAAGCAGUUCCUUGUGUGGUGGGUGCACAGGUUCCCCCAGGAGCCUCAGAGUGAGCCCCUGGUGUACCUGUACCUUCAGGAGCUACAGGGCAAACAGGAAUCAGCCUCUGCAGCAGACAGUCUAGUAGGAGCUUUGGGCUUCUGUUGGGGCACUUGCGGCCUUAGUGUCAACCUUUCAACUCUCAAGUCUGCUCGAGUCGUAGGCUUGGCUCACUUGCAGUUGAAGCAGCGGAAGCCAGUCAGGCGAGCAGAGCCUCUGACCGCAUCUCAGGUAUGCUGGUUAGAGCAGUUGGCAGCAGGGCCGCCUGAUCAAUACGAGACCCUCGUAGCGGCAGGCCUUUGCUUCGCGUUGUUCGCCAGAGCACGCAACAGUGAGCUUCUGAGGAGCCAGGAUAUUCAGUUUGACUGGAGCUCAGACUGUCAAGCUGGCUUUGUUGAGUGUCAGGUUCUGAACCCCAAACAGGCAAAAGCUUCCAACAAAGGCAAUCGACUCUUGCCUUUGGUAGCUCCAGUCCAGGGACUCAGGAAAGAAAGUUGGGCCAAGCCUUUGGCCUGGCAACGGCAGGAUCGCUCGAGGUGGCUUCGAGCACUCCUGUACAGGCAGCCUGGAGCCAGCCAGGAACAGGUGCUUCGUGUCAGGUCGCACAGCCUGAAGAGUACGCCCCUGAGCUGGACGGCUAAAGCAGGUACAGCACAGGACAGCCAGACGUUGUUAGGCUACCACAGCCUGGGUUUGAGCAGGAGCAGUCUCGUCUACAGUCGUGAUGCGCUUAGUGGACCCCUCAGGGACUUUACAAAGGUUUUGGAGCACAUCCGUCAGGGUCGUUUCCAGCCCGAUGAGACUCGCAGCGGCCGAUGGACGUCUCAGACCCUGACGCAGCUGCUCUCAGCGUCGCGGGACGCCCAGGAGGUGACGCACUCACAGGGCGAACAGGGCGAGAACAGCUCCAGCUCAAGCAGCAGCGUCACGGCUGCCAGCAGUGAGUCCGAGGAGGACCAGGUUACAGUUGCUGCAGGGACCAAGGGAGCUCAGGCCGCAGGUCCAGGUCAGGCUUGGCUGGGCAUCAACGGCGGGUACACGGGGAAUUACAACGACAGCCUAGGACGGUUGUGGUACAAUUCUGAGACCCCUUACAGCGCACACACCUGGGGUGGCUACAUUGGCGCGAAGCCCAAAGCAUGGUUUCGAGCCAACUGGAUCGAUGGCAACGAGACCCUGGGCAAGCACACAUGCCGCAAUUGGCCUCCAAGCUACGACCAAGACUACGAUGCUCUGUUGCACCACUACAGCAGAGAGAACACUUGGAAGAAUCAGACUUUUCGGGUAAACCUCCAGGCACCCGAUGCUCCGGUGAGUUUCUAUACCGUCAAGUACACGUUCUGUGAAACGAAAGACAGGGGUGGCAAGAAGUGGGACAUUGUGAUCAAUGGGAAGACUGUCAAAGAGGACUUCGUCGGUAAGUGGGCUCAUCACCACACGGACAUCUACAACUUUAAGUGCAUUCCCACAAGUGCUGGCAUGAUCGAGGUCUCACUCGUGGCCAAGGACAGCAAUAAGCCCCAGGCAAGGCGGGCAUCAGAGCGAAGACAGUAG